AAGAUAUAUACGUCAACACCACUAUAGAACGUCACUAUUUCCGACGCACGUUGCUCGUUAGUUGUUUAGCAAUUAGCACUUAGCAGUGAAAUCUGCACACCUUCACAUGGCGAAUGGAUGCAAAGAGAUGUUGUUUACCCGCGGAACUGGUCAGAGUGAUGAUUCAGAUAUAUGGGAUGACACAGCACUGAUAAAGGCUUAUGACAAGGCAGUCGCAUCAUUCAAGACUGCCCUUAAAGGUGAAGAUGAGCCACAAGCCUCCAAGAAAAAUCACCCAGGAAAAAAACGCAAAAACAACAAAAAGAACCAGAGCAGGAAAAGAACCAAUGCACCACCAGAUAAAGAGUGGCAGGUUGGGGACUCAUGCUGUGCUUACUGGUCAGAGGAUGGCCAGCUCUACACCGCCACAAUCUCUUCCAUAGAUGAGAAGAGGGGCACUUGUAUAGUUGUUUACACAGGCUAUGGCAAUGAGGAGGAGCAGAACCUCGACGACCUGCUUUCAGAGUUUUCUGAGGGUGAUGAGGAAACAAAUACCAAGGUAAAUGAGGCAGAAUCGUCAACAGAGGAGAGUGACAGGUCAACAACACCAAACCAACACAAACAGCAGCCGCAUAGUAAAGGCCAGAAGUCCAAGGCCCACAAAGAACCUCCUCCUAUGUGGGCUCCUGGCUUCCCUGGGUUUCCUCCAGGCCCACCUCCAAUGCAUGCUUUCAGACAGCAGGGGGGAAGCAGGCGUUCUGGUGGUCAUGCGCCUGUACCUCCUUCCUGGCCUCCCAUGAUGCCUUUUGGUCCACCUAUGAUCCCUCCACCUCCACCAAUGAGCCCCGACAUGGUGGAUGAUGAGGCCUUGGGCAGUGUGCUCAUCUCCUGGUACAUGAGCGGAUAUCACACAGGAUACUACCUGGGUUUGAAACAAGGUCGCAAAGAAGCUGCAAACUGGACAAAACUGCACCACAAAUGAAGUCAUCGACUUAAGAUUUCAUCCUUGAUUCAAAAGGAAAUGUCAUAAAUGAAGUGUGCAUGGUGUGAGCAGAGCGUUCACCAGAGUUCAAGGAGAAGAGUUUUGUAUUCUUUGUAAAUAGAUAAAAUAAAGGCUAUCACAGCACCAUUGGUAA